AUGUCGAGGUUGCCGAACGCCGAUUCCGAAACCGCUCUCAGCACCAUAUGCAGUAACAUUGCUCAAGCGCUGAUCUCGCACCGCAAGAAACACGACUGCACUUGCGACCUGCGCUUCCUGCGUCUGGGCCGCGUAGACGCCGCUUCCAAUGACCCCAACGCUCAUCGCUGCUCAGACACAGAUCUGCAGCGCGACCAGCAGCUGCCCGGCAAAACAGUGCUCGAUUGGAUACAGCUGCACAAUGCUUUGUGUUUCUGCUGCUGCUUUUUCUCGGGCGUCAAUUGGCCCACGCGCUUCUCAAGCCCAGUGCCCAAUCACGACGAUUAUGGAAGCAGUGGCAAUCUUCGCAAGGCUGAACCGAAUGCAGGGACUUUGAUAAGAAACAUGUUUGGUCCAACUCCUCGCCUUCAGCGAGUUGAGGACCACGGGUUCGUGUAG